AUGCAUUCCUUAACAUUUCUUCCUUUCCUUACCGCAGGUGUCAUUGCAUCACUAGGCGCAACUUCAGAUAAUUACCGGGACUACGAGUGGAGCUACCACCCAGAUCCCACAGCUGAUGAAUACCUUGACCAUGGCUCUAAAGUACCAUCAGUCGCAGCAGCUGUUACCAAGGUGGUUGAAGAGUCAAGCUAUGUGGUCAAGCUUGAUUGUUUAGGAUGUCCUUUCCGUGUCAGGGCUCUUGAGGGAGAAUACUUCAUGGGUGAGCCGGACAAUUCGUUGUUGUUGAACUUCACUAUCGGAGAAGACAGACACUCCUUGGAGCUGAACAAUAAGCGAAUCCUCCCUCUCGAGAUCCCAACCAAAGUCUUCGCCUUCCAGACUCCUGCCAAUCUGACCUCGGAUGUUUUGGGCUUGAUGGUCAAUAUGCAGAUGCUAGAUGAGAGUUUCAACGUAGGAACCAAAUACGGUCGAUUCGAACUCAGCUACGAACAUAUCGCUACGCUAGCCGAGCCUAGAGUUGAGGUCCUCCGCUUCGACGUCACAAACAUCGAUAUCACUAGCUCGACCAACCCAGGAACUUAUGAGCUUAGCAAAGCAGGACAAAAGGCUGUAGAGAUCAAGAUCUCGCAAGAUUCAUGGGAGGAGGGCUUGAAAAUCCAGAGUGUUGAACUCGUUGAUCGCGACCAGGCUAUUCCUCAUGGAAAGAUGGCUUGUGGCAAGGACGCACCAAUUAGCGACGUCAAGUUCCGUUCCACGGAAUGGGAUUACUAUGGACAGCAAGGUACCUUCGCGCGAAGCUUCUGGGUUGUCUGGGAUGAGAGCUUGGAGUUCUUCAUUGGAAGUAUUCCUUUGAUGGUUGUGUUGACUACGUUUGCAGGUGCUCUCGCGCUUGUUAGACGUAGGCAAUUAAUGCAGAUGGAGCUGGCUAAAACUCAAAAUGAGUUCUAUAUGGUUGAUGAGGAGGAAGGGCUUUUGGAGGAGGUCGAUGAGGAGAAGGAGGGUGAGUUUAAUGUCAAGCACAGCGAUGUUUAA